AAUCACUCCCAAACAAAAAAUCGUGUGUUGAAGGUGUCCUGACUGUUGUGUCAUUUAUUUUUAUUUUUUUUCGUUGAGCUACUGUUGCCACGCCAUGUAAAGAAGUCACAUUUUUAACACAGAAAAAGAAAAGAAAGAAAAGGAAAAAAAUAAAUGAAUUCUACUACAUGAUAUUCUUAUAACAAAAUUUUAUUUGAUUCAAUUAUAAAAAUAACAAGCUAUUGAACGAAAGUUUCGAGUUUUCAUUCUUGAAAUUUACCCGCGAAAAAUGCGCUUGAAAUUUAUAAGUCUCUGCAAGCCAACCAUUGCAACUUCCAAGGAUAGUUAGAGAGAGACAGAGGGGGAGGUGACAUUAUUGGAGUAAAUUGUUUUUCUUUCCUUCCUCUCGAAGCUUAAACCGGGCCCCUCUAACAAAAUCUUGGCGUCCUGUUGCCCAUUGAUGGAUAUCAUUUUGCAUUUGAAAUGAAAUAAUAUAUAGGAAAAGAAGAAUAAAAACGUUGUGUUCUUGAUGGGUGCGACCAAAAUUCAUGAUUCUGCUCCUUCCUCCAAAUUCAUGGAUCCUCCCAGAUCCAAGAAAAGGCUUUACCAAGUUUGGCAAGGUCGCAAUAAAUUUACGUGUGGUGGGAGAUUGAUCUUUGGUCCCGAUGGAACAUCUCUUUUUUUGACAAUUUUCCUGAUAGGGGGGCCUGCAUUAACAUUCUGUAUCAAGAUGCUUGUGAGGAUUAAAGAAGUUGACUUCUUGUACGGGCAUAUUGUGUUGAUAAUAGGAUUUGUCCUCACAGUUCUGGAUUUGAUGUUUCUCUUCAUGACAUCUGCAAGAAAUCCAGGAAUAGUUCCUAGGAACUCGUGGCUGCCUGAAUUUGAUGAAUCGUCUUAUUCCUCUUCAUCUGUAGAUUGGAUCAACGGUGCAAGUCCUGAUAUAAAAUUACCUAGAACAAAGGAUGUAUUUGUCAAUGGGCACAUAGUUAAAGUGAAGUACUGUGAUACUUGUUUUUUAUAUCGUCCACCACGUGCAUCUCAUUGCUCAAUCUGCAACAAUUGUGUCCAGAGGUUUGAUCACCACUGUCCAUGGGUGGGGCAGUGUAUUGGACUUCGCAACUAUCGGGAGUACAUUUUGUUUAUAUCGACAUCAACAAUCUUGUGUAUAUAUGUUUUCACAUUUACUUUAGUGAACAUACUUAAGGAACCGGGCAGCAUGUGGGGUAUCUUGUCGAGGGAUAUAAUGUCUGUCGUUCUAUUAGUGUACUGCUUCAUCGCCGUGUGGUUUGUAGGCGGCCUGAGUGUCUUCCAUUUCUAUCUUAUCUGCACCAACCAGACGACAUAUGAAAACUUCCGGUAUCGGUAUGAUAAAAAGGAAAAUCCAUAUAACCUAGGGAUGAUAAAGAACCUCAAGGAAAUAUUUUUCUCUAAGACGGCUCCAUCUCUGGUAAAUUUCCGCAAAUGGGUGAUUGUAGAAGAUGAAUCGAUUAUAGGGUCCACGACUAAAAGAAUUGGAGGGGAUAUUUCGAACUCCAUGGGGAAGAAAGACCUGGAACUUGGUAUUGUUGGCAAGGAUGGUAAGCUGCAUAAUAUGGAUUAUAAUGGCAUUGAGGACAGUUUGAAGAAGGGAAACGGAGAAAAAGUUAUGCUUGACCCUUUCUUCUAUCCGGGUCAAGAAGAAAAAAUUGCUACUGGAGAUGCUACUUCUGACAAUGAAGGGACUGAGGCUAGCUCCCACAGAAAUUCAUCCGCAGUGCUUCAGAGGUAGAAGGUGAAAAUUUGUAGAUUGUGAAAUAUAACUAACUCAGAAGUUAUUAUUUAUCGAGCAUAAUCACUUAUUCUACAAAGGGAAAGUAAGAGAGGUGACGUAUCUAUGGAAUUCAUUUUUCAAGAUUUCCAUUGUGAUUUUGUCGAAGGAUAUACUAUGCAUGUUGAGAGGAAGGGAUGUGCCAGAAUAGGUUAAUUCGCCUUUUUCGUUCCUCCUUUGUCUUUUUUGGUUCAAAGUUUUCUUCCAUGGGAACUUUUUCUCUUAAUUCUGUUGCUCCCGGAAAAUUUUGUCAAGGAUAGUUGAUAUGUGAUUUCUUCACGUUGACAAGAAAAAUAUAUUUGUUAUGCUCUCACUGGAUAAAUACGAAAAAAACAAAAUGGUCUUUCAUUUCAAUUGAUAAGAGAGUACAAAUGUAUCAAAUGUUGGCCUUCGUCGCUUGUAUAUUGGA